GUGAAAGUGUUUAUAAUGUUUUCUUCAUUUUGUAUUAUGUGGAAGCGGAAUCGAAACCUGUACUUCCUCAAGAUCUGAUCUGGUUCAGUGUUCUCCUCCAGAUGAGCCUGUAUGUUCUGCUGACGAGUUAUGGCUUCAUUACUGCAGUAAUGGGAGUUGAUUAUGUUCAUAUCCUGAAUUCUGUAAUGGAAGCAGAUAUCACAGAAAAUGUUGUGCUUAGCUGUGCAUUUAAAAUAAUAAAACUGGAUACUUGGAACAGUUUAAGGAUUCACUGGCACAAAGUAGGAAGGGAUAAAAUAAUUGUUGUACACAGUUACUACAAUGGAGGUGACAAAUUGGAUGACCAGGAUAUGGAGUACAAAGAUCGAACUCAGCUCUUCCACGAUGACUUACUAUAUGGAAAUGCUUCCCUCAAGCUGCUAAAUGUCAAACUGUCUGAUGCUGGCAACUAUCGAUGCAUUGUAGCAGAUGAUACUGGAACAGGUUAUGAUGACGGAACUCUGAGAGUCCAUGCAAAACCCAGUGUCCCAGUAAUUACUGUUCUACAUCAAGACAGCAGAGUCAUGCUUUACUGUGACACUAAAAGCAUUGAUCCGCAUCCACAAGUAACAUGGCAUUGUGGGAAAACAGAUCAAGUUAAAUAUGUGAAUAUUACAAACAAUUCCAUAACCUCUGAAGGGCUGUUUGCUAUCCAAAGCAGUUUGUUGUGGGAAGGCAAUAUCCAGGGGAAUGUAUGCUGCUCUGUUACUAGUGUGGACACGGCACAACCACUACAGACAUGUACAGUUAUACCAGGGAAUUCCAAAGAUAAGAAGCAUAAGUAUGUCUUCAUCAUUUCGAUAGUUAUCAGCGCUUUCCUACUAUGUUUUAGUAUAAGCUUGGUCAUCAAACUUUGCAUUUACUGUUGGAAGGAACAUCUGUGUUACCAGUCAUCAGACAGUGAAAUAAAGGCCAUAAGGAAACAAAUUUCUAAGACAAAUGGUCAACAGAUAACAAUCAAAGUGAUUGGCCUUAUAAGCCAUGGAGCUCCGUCUUUGAUAAAUUCCUGUUAUAAUGUCUACAAAAAUAAGAAAAUCAUGAUUAAUGUGGCAAAGUGUGGAGAAAAUUUGAAUAGACAUAGAUUCUUUCAAAGACCAAUACCAUUAACAAAGAGUAUUGCGAUGAUAAGAGAGCGUCCAAUGAUGGCAGGAGAUGGUCAUUUCUGGAGUAAAAAUAAAGGUGUAUACAUGCAACAGUGGAAACAAAACAUGGAAGAUGAGAUGCUGGUUUUCAUAUUUGUGGUCAGGGGUGAUGAAGCUAUCACUGCAGUAAUGAAAAAUGAAAUGUUGCAUUUAUUGUCUGAUAUUAAGGAAUUAACAGGUAAUUAUCCUAUUGCUGUUGUAACAAGAAAAUCACUUGGUAACCUGAAACAAGCUACAUCUGUAUUGCAAGAAAUUGGGAUUGAGCAGCUAUUUGAAGUGGAUAACUAUAGAAUUACAGAUCAAAGAUCUAGAGAAAAAGAUCUUAUCUUCUUAAAAAUUAUCAAAGCCUGUCUGAAUGUUAUAGACUUUAGGAAUUUCUCUAUAGAGCCAGAAAAAGAAACAUUCGCAAUAAUAUGAACUAAAAGAAGACAGUAUAUAUUUCAUUUUCUGGAUGCAAACUGCAAAGAAGAGAGUACAGUAUUACAAUUCUUCUCAUCUCUAGGAUACUGUCAAAUGUAAUAUUUCUUUGGAAGGAGCUAGGCUUCCCCACUGGUAAAGAAAAAAUAUAUAUGGGCUUGCAUAAAGAACUGUCAGUGAUAGGGGAUUUGGCCAAGAUGGUGAACUGUUAGCAGCACACAUUUUUUUUUUACUCUGCUUCUUUUCAGUUAUUCUGACAGGAUUUUACAUCAAAGACUGAAAGAAUAAUUUUCCAUGACUAACUUUUAAAUCAAUUCUAUAACUGUAUCUGGAAGAAAAAUCAAGUUUUGCUGAUUUUUCUAAUUCAUUUCCCUGUCAGGAGUUUUAUAAGUAAUUUAGAAGUAUGAGCCACUCUAAAGUUACUUCUUAGGAGAGUUUAAUGGAAAAAGAACUACAGUCUAUUCUAAACAGCAUUCAGGAUCCCUCAGUUAAAAUGGAUAAGCUUGAGAUCAAAAUGGGCAAUAUAAAGGAAGAUUGUAAGAAACAUUAAUUUAUUGAAUGAAGUUAUUAAGAAACAAUCAGUACAAAUUUCAACAAUAGAGGAAGCAGUAAAUGACUUGGAUGGAAGGAUGACAGAGAAUGAAAACCAUGUAAAAUUUAUACUAAAAAUAAUACUUUGCUUUUGGGAGAAAUAGAAGACCUGGAAAGCAGAUCUACAAGGACUAACAUCAAGAUAUAUGGAAUCCCAGAGAAAGAAGAAGGAGACAGCAUGGUUCAGUUUUUGAACAACUGGUUACCUAAAACUCUGAAUUUACCUGAAGCAUUUUCUUUUGGAAUUGAGAGAGCCAAUACGUCUCUGUCAAAUUCUUCCUUAAAAACAAUCAAUCUUCUCCUAGAUCAGCAAUUGUUAAAUUCCUUUCAAGUCAAGAUAAAGAUCUGGUGUUAAAGACUGUUUGGUCAAAGUCUCCAAUAAAAAUGAAAGGGAAUAUUAAAAGAUUUGAUAAUAACUAUUCUUCUUGUAUGCUGAUUAAAAGAAAAGCCCACAUUCCUUAUUUUAAGAAUUUAAAGACACUGAACAUUAAAUCUCAACUUAUCUUUCCAGCAAGAAUUAAGAUUUUUCUUCAUGAAGGACAGAAAACCUAUUUUAAUACACUUGAAGAGGCUCUAGACUUUGCUCAGAAGAAAAAAUACUUUUUAGACAAAACUGAAAAGAUGGCCUGGUCUCUGUCUAUCUUUGAAGAGACAAGGAACAAGAAAUUGAUAGACAACUAAAAAAACAGUAAAAAAAUUAAGGAAAAGUGAUGAUCUUAUUAUUUGUCUUUUAUUUUGUUUUCUCUUAAAUAUUGUUUUGACAUCUUCUUGGGAAUAUCACACAUCACAAGGUAAAAACCUUUACAUUUAAUUGAGUGAUUCUCUUAAUAAUAGCUGUAUGUUUCUAUUUAUCUUAUUUAAUUUGAUAGUUGUAGUGGAUAAUGAUUAGUAGAACAGUUUGUGUUUUUAGUAUUUAGUCAUAUAGCUUGUUAAUUAAUACAUUAAUAUAAUUUGCUUUACAUUAUUUUGUUUAUCUUAAGUAAAUCAUUAUAAACCUCAGGAUGGCCUCUGAAUAAAUGAGUUUCUUUUCUUUA